AUGAUGUAUGGGCAGCAGCAGCAAGUGAGGCUGGAUGUAAAGAAAGCGGAGAGGAGAAGAUCUAUGAAAGAAGAGAAGCUGGAGAACGUCGAUCUUAGUGGCAUGUCUUUGGAUUCUCUGCCAAAUCCUCCUCUAAACUUGGCCAUUAUCAGCACUUUAGAUCUCUCCAACAACAAUCUUGAGAGCAUCCCAGAGUCUUUAACUGCGAGAUUACUAAACGUGGUAGCGUUGGACGUUCACUCAAACCAGCUUAAAUCCCUACCAAACUCGAUUGGUUGUCUAACAAAGCUCAAGAUCCUCAACGUCUCUGGCAACCUUAUUGAAACCUUCCCCAAAACCAUUGAGAAUUGCAGGUCUCUGGAAGAAUUGAAUGCCAACUUCAACAAGUUGAAGAAGCUUCCUGACACAAUUGGGUUCGAGUGGCACAACCUAAAGAAACUUUCGGUGAACUCAAACAAGCUACCCUUUCUACCGAGUUCCAUCUCCCAUCUGACCUCUCUGCGCGUAUUAGAUGCCCGUCUUAAUUGCCUCGGUUUCCUUCCAGAAGGAAUGGAGAACCUAAUCAACCUUGAAGUCCUUAACGUGAGCCAAAAUUUCCAGUACCUUGACACUCUACCAUACUCCAUAGGUCUUCUUUCCUCUCUCAUAGAAUUGGACAUAAGUUACAAUCAAAUCACCACCUUGCCUGAAUCAAUCGGAUGUCUCAAGAAUCUACAAAAGUUCUCAGUCGAUGGAAACCCUCUUGUUUCACCUCCAAUGGAUACUGUGAAACGAGGAUUGUUAGCAGUGAAAGAGUACUUGACCGAAAAGAUGAACCAGAGCCCUAAAAGCCAGGUGAAGAAGAGGUCAUGGUUAGGCAAGUUGGUGAGAUAUAAGACAUUCAGUGGCCGUACUUCUGGGAGGGCAUCUCAUGAGGAGAGGGACAGAUUCAUCAUGGACCAUUACCAGUCGAUUGAUGGUCUGACUUCUCCAAGGUAUAUGGGGAUGUUUUCGCCUCGCCGGCUCUUCUCACCAAGGAGCUAUUUCAGCCCUUGA